AUGACGGUGGACCCGACUGAAGAUCAUGAUUCGUUGCCACCGGAAUGUGAAACAUACUCGAAUCUUUCAUUCAGUACAGUUAGCAAUUACAAAGAGGACAUUCAAAUACCGAAUAAGGAAGAAAACAAGUUUGACUUUUCAGGAUUGAAGGAAGAUAUGGAGAAAAUAAUUAACGAUAAAAUGGCCAUUGUUGACAUCCUUAACCACGAGCUUCUUGAGAUGAAGUCGAAAAUCAAAAACCUUGAAGAGAAGUCGGAAAGCCAGUCGCUGAAAAUUGAAGAUCUCGAAAAUCAACUCCACACUGCCAAAUCGAACAAUUCACAACUGGAGGACAUGCUUUUUCAAUCGGCGGUUGAUUAUCCUGAUCAAAAUAUCGGCCACUACUUGCAGGACGACAGAAGGCUGAAAUCUGGUGGUCCCCGAGAUGAUAUGAAAGAGGAUGAAAAAGACUUGGCGGAGAUGGCUCUUAUCAUUUAUCUCUCAGUAAAAACAGUGGAGAGGAAAUACCAUUCAAAGCCCUCGCUCAAGAAAUCGACCCAGAAAGUGGCGAAAUAA